CGAUUCUCUCUGCUUCAUUUCGCCUAGGAUCACUCUCCAACACUGUAAAACUUCUAAUGUCUACCCAAGUACACGGCAAAGGACUUUUACUCAAAGCGGACCCCAUCGCAGCCGUAUUUCGAGAAGAAGUGUCGUCUUCCCUAAAAAAUGCACCCCGAAAACCAAAACUCGUGGGUAUUCUCGCAACUUCCUCCUCUCCAAGCAGGGUGUACGCAGAAUUCACGAAAAAACAAUGCGAGGAAUUCGGUAUAGACUUUGUGCUGAAGAAAACUGGGGCUGCGGAGUCGGCGGACUUGCAAGAGGGCGAAGGUGUUGAAGAAGCCAUAAUGGAAGCGAAUGAAGAUGAUCAAGUAGAUGGUAUCAUGGUAUACUACCCGAUCUUUGGUGCCCAGCAGGAUCAUUAUCUUCAACAGAUUGUCACUCCAUUCAAAGACGUUGAAGGUCUCAAUGUCAAGUUUCAUUACAACUUGUACCACAACAUUCGUUUCAUAUCGCCUCAAACCCUGACAUCCUCGUUACCAUCCAACGUCGCCGCUUCUACUACGGAUGGCGAUACGCCACCUUCGGGUAUGGUCAAAUCGAUCAUACCAUGUACCCCACUCGCUAUCGUAAAAUGCCUUGAAUACGUUGGGGUAUACAAUAGAAUCCUGCCGUAUGGUGAUCGUGCUUAUGGUAGAAUAAUUACUGUGAUUAACCGAUCAGAGGUCGUUGGUCGACCACUAGCAGCACUCCUGGCAAACGAUGGCGCCAGGGUAUUCUCUGUUGAUAUUGACUCCAUUCAGGAAUACAACAAGCGCCCACGGCAAACAGACGCCACUGGGACGCGUCGGUUUUAUCCUCGUCACGUCGCGCAGCCUAGUGCACUCACUUUACAUGAGUGCCUGGCCCUCUCUGACGUCGUCGUUUCGGCCGUACCAAAGGCGGAUUAUCAAGUCAAGACGGAAUGGCUCAAGGACGGCUGUAUAUGUUUAAAUAUCGCCGUUGAGAAGAACUUUCAAAAGGACGUAAGGGACAAGGCCUCGCUAUAUAUUCCUGCCGUAGGCAAAGUCACGAUUCUAAUGCUUCUUAGAAAUCUACUGCGACUCCAGCAUUACAAAACUGUAUCAUCCCAAUAGAGGGGGCUCGGAGGAGGAAGUGGCGGCAGCGAGUACUAUUAUAUAUCCAUAUAGACAAAACAGUGUAU